GCUAUAUAUACAAGACUGUGAGAUGACAAAAGAUCAGUGCCGAUCUCGUGCAGGAGGACGGACGUUUCCUCGUAAGAUCCUCGGAAAAACGAGUCGCCUUGUUAGACAGUGCUAGCCGAUUAUGUUUGUCAAAGUGCUGCUGAUCUUCGCGGCUGUCGCGGGCUUCGUGACAGCUGAAGUUCCUUCGUACAUUCAAAUCUGUGGAGCCAAGAACCCGAAUCUCGAUCAGUGCGUAAUCAACAGCGUGAACGCACUGGCGAAGGUGCUAGAGUCCGGCAUCCCGGAGUUGGGCGUUCCGGCCUCGAAUCCGUUCGUGCUUGAGGAGUUAACGCUCGCCGACUUGCCGAAUUUUAAAGCAAUCGGACAUAACGUGAAGGUUUAUGGGCUUCCGACCUAUAAUAUCGAGUCCCUUCACCUGAAUCUGGACGAAAAAUUCAUCACCAUGAAGCUCCUAUUCAAGGACAUCCAUAUGGUGGCUGACUACGACCUCAACGCUAAGAUCUUGAUACCGAUCAGCGGAAAAGGACCGAUCUCUAUGAACGCACAGGAUGUCGUAGCGAGAGUGAAAAUGUCUUUCAAGUUAGUCCAACGGGGCAGCAAGCGCUAUAUGUAUUUCAACUCGAUGCAGAUGAAAUUGGACGCGAAAGAUUUCGACUUGAAGUUCGAAUCGGACCACCUUGACAAAACGUUGCAAGAUGCGUUCAUGCAGGCGUUGGGCAGCAGUCACCAGGAAGUACUCGAAUUCAGCAUGCCAUACAUCGAAAAGGCGAUUUCGGAGAAAUGUCUCGAUCUGGCCAACAAGAUCUGCAAACGCUACAGUUACGAAGAAUUUUUCCCCGAUCGGGAAUAAUCGAGAACUAUUGUCGAAAUGUAUUAAAAGAAAAGCCGCAAAUUGGUCCAAUACGAAUUCAUUUUUAGAAGAAUAAUUAAGAGAUUUUUCGUGGAUUUCCUGCAGAAACUUUUAAAUAUUGAGAUUAUGUCGAAUAAAAAUGAAGAACAGUC